CAAACCUGUACCGUGAUGUCAAUCAAAAACAAAAAAAAUUUAACACAAGCAGACAACAUUGAAGAAGAAUUUCAAGAUAUUCAUACAUUUUUAGCAUAAGUUAACAGUAUUAAUAAAAAAAUUAAAAUUGCUGGAGGACAACAUUAACAAAAGACGGUGGAGAGGCAUUUUAUGGCGAAAAUGGGGAAGCUUACGCCCGAAGAAGAAGCCCGCAACAAAAUGAUUAUGCGCGAAAGAGAUCGCGAGCGUAAACGAGUGAAACGCAUGAAUCCCGAAUAUCGUCGCAUGGAACAGGAACGUGAUCGUGAUCGCAAGAAGGCACGACGAUCCAAUGAAGCUUUUCGACAGCUAGAGAAACUUCGUGAUAAAAUACGCAAAGAGCGUAAAAAGGGUAUUAUUGUGGAUGAGGCGGCUUUGGCGCAGCAAUUUAGUUUGGUACAGCCAACACCAGUGGAACCAGAAAUUAUUAUAUCGGAUCCUGUAACGGCCGAACUGCAGCAGCAGCAACAGCAACAAAAUGCCCAACCAGUGCGUCAAGAUAACCAAACAACGGCACAACAACAACAGCAACAACAACAGCAGCAGCAGCAACAGCAUCAUACACCACAACAGAGACGUCGCAUACAACAUGCAAAUAGUGGGAACCCCAGCAAUGUUGUCAAUAUGGUGGGUGGCAGCACAACAAGCAGUACAACCACAACAACCCUUACGAAUGUCAAUAAUAAUAACAACAACAACAUGAUAAAUCUACCCACGGCAGCUGCUGGCACAAAUAUGGUCACAGCAAAUCCUACCGCUGCCCAUAUGUCCCAAUUGAACAAGGGCGGCCUGCUGUAUCCACCGCCCAACUUUCCACAUCAUCCUUUGCCCAUUCCCGGUGUAGCUUUAAUGCCUUCAUUGUGCCAUCCAAUAUUACAUCAAAAUCUAAGUGCUUCUCUAUAUCCACAAAAUGGUAUUAAACAAGAAUAUAAUCCUGUCAAUGAGAAUUCCGGCUCCUCGAACAACGCCCAUAACAAUGGCCAGCAAUCUGGGUCCGUGGGAGCCAACAAUAACGAUGAGCAUGAAAUGCCCAUGAUCGAGCCGGAAAUAAUACUGCAGACUUCAUCGGAUGUUAUAUCGGCGCCGCAUCAUUUCAACAAUCAUGCCCAUGCCCAUCAUUUGCAUCAACAGAAUAUGAAUAUGUUUUCGCACAUGUCGCCACAGGCCCAUAUGGCAGCGGUGCAUAUGCGUGCCCAUGCCUCGGCAGCGGCAGUUUCGGGGAAUAUACCACCGCCCUCGGCUAGUGCCUUGGUAGCGGUUGCUGUGGCAGCUCACCAUCAACAGCAGCAGCAACAGCAGCAGCAACAGCAACAGCAGCAGCAGCAACAACAAUCUCAACAACAUCCAGCAUCACAUGCGAAUGCCAUGUCCCAACAACAGCCACCGCAACAACAUCAAACGCAACAACAACAAUAACUUGAUUAAUCCUAGGUUCUAGCAUGCGAUAGUUCCAAACGAACUCGAACAUCGACACACGAAGCAGGAAGGAAAAGAACUUCAGAAACCAAUUUAUAUUUUUAAGCAAAAGUUUUACACAUAAAAAAUUCGAAAUUUCGAAAUAA